GUGAUGUGCACUUUCAGAGUACAACAGCUUAGUGAGAGCUCCCCAUUCAUUUCCUCCUGAGUAGCCUGUGAAGGAGGAGGGAAACGACAGAGCGAGUGAGCGAGAGAGCGAGUGAAUAGAAAGAGAGAGAGAGAGAGAGAGAGAGUGAGAGACAAGAGUCUGACCACACAGGAAAACAAGAGAGACAGAGAAAGAGAGCUAAAAGGACGCAAUAAGGAUAUCACUUCUUCAUCUCACGUUCCGAGACUUCAAACCAGGAUGUUGAUGCUGGACGGGAUGCCUGUCCUGCGAGUUAGAGCAGAACCCGUGCAGAUGCAGCGGAGGUCUCCCGAGAUCCGUAGCUACGCAGACAUGGGCGUGUUGGUGAUGGAAAGAAGGUUCCGGACUCAUUCUCCCGAAAAACGCUUUCCGACAGACCUGUUCCAGAUCCAGACCGAGCCUGUCGAUCUUUCCACCAACAGAUCCCGCUCUUCACCAUCAUCAUCAUCAUCAUCAUCGUCAUCAUCAUCAUCUUCAUCAUCAUCAUCAUCAUCACCCCCUUCAUCUUUGCUGCGAUUCUCGCCACGUUCCCCGCCGGUCCCAUCCACCAGGUCUUCUUCCUCAUCUUCAUUAUCAUCAGCAUCAUCGUUAUCCUCAUCAUCGUCAUUAUCGCUGCCUUCAUCCUCGCCUCCGUCCGUCAUAACUCCCGUGCCACGGUUAAAGAUGUCUCCGUCGAGGGUGACGUCUCCGCCCUCCAUCGCUCGCAGGGGGCAGCCGUUCCUGCACAUACCCCAGGUCAUGCCUACGUGCCCUACCCCCAUCCACCUGCACCCCCGCAGAGUCCCCGUGGUGGUACAGCCCAUGCCGCUGGUCUACGCCGGGGUCGGUUCUCUGGGACCUGGAGGCCUCAUGGCACCCAUGCUGGAAGAAAGCAGGAUACACAGAAAAGUCACACACAGAGUACCAGAUGGACUGUCUCCACGGCGAUCCUUGAGUGACAGCGAGGACGACGACCUGCCCAAUGUGACGUUGGACAGCGUGAACGAGACCGGCUCUACCGCCCUGACCAUCGCCCGUGCUGUACAGGACUCCAUGUUGCCGUUCAGCAUCGAGAGCAUGCGGAGGUCGAGGCGGCCCGAGUCUCCUGACACCAAGAGGAGGCGCAUCCACCGCUGUGAGUUUGAGGGCUGCAGUAAAGUUUACACCAAGAGCUCUCACCUCAAAGCCCACAGGAGGACACACACCGGCGAGAAGCCGUAUAAGUGCACGUGGGACGGCUGCGCGUGGAAGUUUGCGCGCUCGGACGAGCUCACGCGCCACUACCGCAAGCACACAGGGGUCAAGCCGUUCAAGUGCGGCGACUGCGAGCGCAGCUUCUCCCGCUCAGAUCACCUGGCACUCCACCGCCGCCGUCAUGCCCUGGUGUGAGGACACACACACACACACACACACACACAGGUGAGGAUGCGGCUCGGGAGAGGCUGGACCUUUCCCUGAAUGUGCUCGUGGUAUUAUCUGUCUAGUCCUGGAUGAAGAGUAAGGAGCGAUGAUCAGUUUUUAACCGUUUAUAUAUCCUGACGAAUACAUUUAUACAUCUAUAUCUAUGUGUAUAUAAAUAUCUGUAAGGGGCUGAUCGUACUGAUCAUGCACUCGUAUUCCGAGAUGUUACAAAGACUUACAAUGCAUGAAGGAGAAGAGAGAGAGAGAGAGAGAGAGAGAGAGAGAGAUUAUUAAAUAAUACCAGCGCAUAUUGCAGGGCAUGUCACAUCAGUCAUAAUCAGCAUUUAUACAUCAUUUCAUUUCCAUUUUAAAAACCCACUUCGAGACUAUUACACCAGUAUAUUUUAGCCAGUAAGAAACCCUAGAAACAAAUUUCUCAUCAUUGGGUGAGGAUUUUAUUCAAAAUAAAUAAAAAAAAGAAAGAUGGAUAAUGAACAGGGUAUAAACCUCAAUGUGAACAAAAAAAAUGUUAUUCCAUCCAUUUUCUUAAUAAUAAUAAUAAUAAAAAAAGUAAAUAAAUAAAGGUCAGUGAUUUAUUUCCUGAUAAGGGAAAAAAAUAUGAAACUUUGCACAGCUUUGAUAUGGAGUGAGUGUUCACAAGAGAUUAGACAAGAAGUCAUAACAAUCCUUAUUAUUAUUAUUAUUAUUAUUAUUGUUAUUAUUGUUAUUGAAUCCAUGUACUGUGUUGCCCCCAGUAGUGAGAGAGAGAGAGAGAGAGAGACAGACAGACAGACAGAGAGAGAGAGAGAGACAGACAGACAGAGAGAGAGAGAGAGAAAGAGAGAGAGAGACAGACAGACAGACAGACAGAGAGAGAGAGAGAGAGAGAGAGAGAGACAGACAGACAGAGAGAGAGAGAGAGAGAGAGAGAGAGAGACAGACAGACAGACAGAUAGACAGAGAGAGAGAGAGAGAGAGAGAGAGAGAGAGAGAGAGACAGACAGACAGACAGACAGACAGACAGAGAGAGAGAGAGAGAGAGACAGACAGACAGAGAGAGAGAGAGAUUCAUUUUCAUUUAAAACUGCAUAAUUUGUGCACAAACAUAGUGUAGCAGAUGUCUGUACAUUUAAAACAAAAAAAAAACAAAAAGAAGAAGAAGAAAAAAAACGUAUCAUGCUCCGUAUGUGCAUUUUAUGUCACGUCACGUAUUUGUUCAGUAUUUUUUAUUGCACCCUUCUUUUCGAACGUAUGUGACGUCACCAUUUAUAUAUAAGUGUUGUAUAUUGAAGCCCGGUGACGGCCGGUGGAGAGCGUCAUCGGGGACCUUCCUUUUAACCUUUAAUCCUGUUUCUCAAUUAUGUAUUUGUAAAUGAUGUUAUUGUAUACAUUUCCCUUUUUUAUAUGGAUUGACUGUGAAUUUAUACAUAAAUAUAUAUAUAUAUAAAUAUAUAUAAAUAUAUGUUUAAUGGAUCAAAUGAAGGCAUGAAUAAUAAAAAGUCACUUAACACUUUAAUUCCA